CUGAAAGACUCUUAUACUUCCAGAAAACAGCCGAACUCCAACUUGGCACAGACAUCGCAAUAUUAAUUAAGAUGCCCUUAAGAUGCAACGAAUAAUGCUGGAGAUCUCUGCAUGAAGAUUAUGUCCAUCUUAUUCUUUAAUGACAAGUUACUUCAAUGCAAUUGAUACAUAUGCUGGAGAGAAUGAAGCUGCUGAUUGACUUUGGCUUGCGCUUAAGAUUGAAGCAGCCAACAGGCUAUGCAGCUUCUUAACAGAUGGAAUUAUUUGGUCGGUACUCAUGGACCCAUGCCAAAUUCAACAUCACCUUGGCACUCUGGUAAACCUCUUGGAAUUACGAUACAAUUCUGCUCAAACACCCGAGGCAGCGGUAGACUGGUAACAACAGAGCAGGGCAGCAGAAGGAAACAGAGGAUAUCUGGGAGCUUCGACCUGUUGUGAAAGGCUGUGUUUUUAUUUUCAGUAUCUCACAAGAAGGAGCCAUGUCUGUGGGGCUUGUUGCUGUCUCUCUCGGUCUGCUGCUGUGCAAUGGGGUGCACGGUCAGUGGGGUUGGUGGUACAAGUUGUGGGGCACAGACCCACCCACUGCAGCUCCUGCUCUGCCUACGUCAGUCAGCACGCAACGACCCGUCAGCGUCGUGGCAGGGACCACAGCGGAUCCGGAGGACCGAUCGGCGCCCGGCACUCAAUGGGCCAGCGGAACCGAGCCACCGUCGGGGAGUUCCCGGCCGUCGGGUCCUGGUCAUUUCCCUCACCCAGCGCACUCUGGUCAACCGGCCUCAGCACUGAGCAACUCCUCGGCGGGACACUGGGCCAAACCCCAGCUCGCCAGCCAGCUCCCGCGCAGGAUCCUGACAGAGAGAAGACCCAAUGCUCAUAUUGACCUGACUGGGUUGAUUGGAGUGCCCUUACCACCUUCGGUCGCAUUCAUUACUGGAUAUGAAGGCUUUCCAGCGUACAGCUUUGGACCAGCUGCAAACAUUGGUCGACUUACUAAGACCAUGAUACCUCAAUCUUUCUACAGAGACUUUGCGAUCCUUGUGACCGUCAAGCCAGCGAGUGACGAUGGUGGGGUGCUGUUUGCAAUUACUAAUUCCUACCAGAACAUUAUUUACUUGGGAGUUAAGCUAACCUCAGUUUUGAACGGCAGCCAGCAAAUAGUGGUCUUUUACACGGAAUCAGGUUCACAGACCUCCCAGGAGGUUGCCUCAUUUACAGUCCCGUCAAUGACGAAUAAAUGGACUCGGUUUGCCUUGUCCAUUCAGGGUGAAUUUGUCACGUUGUACUUCGACUGUGAUGAGUACCAGCAGAGCCGCCUCUCAAGGUCACCUCAGGCGUUAUUUUUCGAGCCAAGUUCGGGAAUUUUCAUUGGGAAUGCCGGAGCAACAGGACUGAACAAGUUUAUAGGGUCCAUCCAAGAACUGACAAUUAAGUCAGACCCUCGAGCUAGUGAGGAACAGUGCUAUGAAGCUGAUCCAGAUGGACCUUCUGGAGAUGCCAGCGGAGACAGCAGCGGUCAGUAUAUUCCUCAGGAGCAAGGAGGUGUUAAACCCCAAAUUCAGCAUAUUACUCCACGCCCCACAGUUGAUAGAAAUCUCGUCAGCGAACCAGUCAAGGAGCCUCCCACCGAAGCUUCUGUCACAGAGGAGAUGGAGAGUUCCUCAGGUCUGCCAGACGCAGCCUUCCAGGAGACAUCCACCUCAGGCACUUCUGGGGAGAGGCCAUCGGAGGAAGGGCAAGACUUUGAAAUAAAAGAGCGAGCUCCCAGUCUGAGUGCUGAAAAGGAAGACCAGAGUCUAUCAGGACUUAAAGGAGAAGUUGGAUCUGGAAGUGAAGCUCUUCACAGUGAAAGAGGCACAAAGAGUGAAGAUGGACUGGGAUUGGGACUCAAGGGUGAGAAAGGUGAACGAGGAAUCCCUGGACCUCCAGGACCUCCCGGCCUGCCCGCCACGAGAGAUGGUAGUCCUGUAGAACUUAGUCCACCAGGACCAGCUGGUCCCCCAGGUCCACCUGGAAAAGACGGUAAACCAGGAGCCCCUGGAAAAGAUGGACUGCCGGGUAAACAAGGAUCUCAGGGACUUAAAGGAGCAAAGGGUGAUCUGGGCCUCAAAGGAGAGAAGGGCGACCCAGGAAUCAUAGGUCCACCUGGUCUUCCUGGUCUUCCUGGUCUUCCUGGCCCACCCGGUCCCCAGACAAGACUCGAUAUCAUCCCUGCAGAAGGCUCCGGACUGGAUGACAGUGACAUCGACAGUGAGAAAAUUCAGUGCCUUCCAGGACCACCGGGUCUUCCAGGUUUGCCGGGACCACCGGGUAUCCCAGCUCCAUCCGCAGGAGAGAACCCAAACCUCGUUGGUGCCCCGGGGCCACGUGGUCCUCCCGGUUACCCCGGACAAGAUGGAGGGUUGGGUGAGCCAGGUCCAAGAGGACCACCAGGAGUAGACGGGACUCUUGGUAAACCGGGGACCAAAGGGCAGAAGGGUGACCAAGGUCCAACUGGCGUGCCAGGACUUCAGGGAGCAAAGGGAGAAGUUGGAGAGACUGGUUUACCAGGGCUUCCAGGACUCCCAGGUCAACCAGGUCCACCUGGACCUCCCGGACCUCCUGGGCAAGCCGGCAGUGGUCUCGGCUCUGGAUUUGAGGAUAUGGAAAGCUCUGGUGAAUUUGGACUACCAGGCAUACCUGGAAAACCCGGACUUCCUGGAUCUAAGGGGUCCCCAGGUGAAAAAGGCGAACAGGGUUCUCCAGGUGAAAAGGGCUCUUCUGGUAUUCCUGGUCAACCAGGACAAAAUGGACGGGCUGGAUUACCCGGACCUAUGGGACCAAAAGGUGAGAAAGGUGAACAAGGACCAAAGGGCGAACGUGGCCAAGAUGGCAUUGGUAAACCAGGACCCCCAGGCCCUCCAGGAUCUAUUGCAUCACUACAUGAGUUGCUGAUGAAUGAUACUGAGGACUUCAAUGGACUCCAAUUACCUCCUGGGCCCCCUGGCCCCAGAGGACCCAAGGGCGACCUUGGUAUUCCUGGUUUUCCCGGAAUAAAGGGUGAAAAGGGUGAAUCUGGAGCCAUUAUAGCCGCAGAUGGAUCACUGCUGGCCUCAACACUAAAAGGGCAAAAGGGUCAGCCUGGCCUUCAGGGACCCUCUGGACCUCCGGGGCCAAUGGGGCAUCCUGGACCAAAGGGAGAAUUUGGUUUUCCUGGCAGACAUGGUCGUCCAGGAAUAAAUGGCAGAAAGGGUCAGAAAGGUGAACCUGCAUUAACUCCUGUGGGACCUGUUGGGCCACCAGGACCUCCGGGACCUCCUGGACCUCCAGGACCUCCUGGUCGAAUUCUCAACAUAAAAGGAACAGUUUUUCCAGUUCCUCCCAGGCCGCACUGCAAAAUGCCCAUAAAUGGUCAAUUUAAACAGCAAGAGGACUUCAACUUUCUGGGACUGAAGGGGGAGAAGGGUUCCUUUGGAUUAUUUGGACCGAAAGGUGGUAAAGGUGAAAAGGGGGAGCAAGGUGCCCCAGGACUGCCAGGUCCCUAUUCACCAUAUAUCAGCCUUAAAGGUGAAAAAGGAGACUCGGGAGCAUUGGGUCAGAAGGGGGAAAAGGGAGAAUCGGGAGGUGGCUUGUUUCUGCCUGGUUUGCCUGGACCUCCAGGCCCCAUUGGACCUCAUGGAAGACCUGGGCCAGUGGGACCCAAGGGUGAAUCUGUUGUGGGACCAAUGGGACCUCCAGGAAUGCCUGGUCUUCCAGGUCCUCCGGGAUAUGGAAUUGUAGGUCCACCGGGACGCCCUGGACCUCCUGGGCCUCCAGGAAUGCCGGGUAUCUUUGGAUCAGCUGUUGCACUUCCUGGACCCCCUGGACCAGCAGGCCCACCAGGACAAGGAGGCAGCGGCAGCCUGGUAACAGUGUACAGGAACAUGGAACUUAUGCACAAAGCAACCUUUUCGGUGUCAGAAGGUACCCUGGGCUAUGUUGCAGAUAGCAGUGACCUUUACAUUCGAGUUUACAAUGGCUGGAGAAAGCUCCAACUUGGUGAUUUGAUUCCUGCUCCAGCUGAUGACCCAUUUCAGUUCAUGAAUACUUACUCAGCACCAAACACAUUCCCAAAGAUAAACGAUCAGAAACCAGCUUUGCACUUAGUCGCUUUAAACACCCCCCUGUCUGGUAACAUGCGGGGAAUCCGUGGGGCUGACUUGCAGUGUUUCCAGCAAGCUCAAGCGAUGGGAUCCUUGGCAACGUACCGAGCUUUCCUCUCCUCUCAGCUGCAAGACUUAUACACGGUGGUGAGGAAAGCUGACAGGUUAAAUAUGCCAGUCGUCAAUCUAAAGGGGCAAGUGCUUUUUGACAGUUGGGAGUCCAUCUUUAAAAACCGUGCUACUUUCAACACAGACAUUCCUAUAUACUCCUUUGAUGGAAGAAAUGUCAUGAAGGAUUCUUCCUGGCCCCACAAAAUAAUAUGGCACGGAUCCAGCGAAAGAGGCAGCCGGGUUCCAACAAGUUACUGCGGGGCAUGGCGAGCGACGGACAUGACCCUCACCGGCAACGCGUCGCCACUUACCAGUGGAAAGCUCCUUGGUCAGCACUCCUACAACUGCGCAAAUAACUUCAUUGUUCUUUGCAUUGAGAACAGCUACUUCCACGAUCACAGGAGGAGAAAAUAACAGCCUGCAUCUGCACACGAAAGCUUUGGAAUUACAUCAGUCUCAUCGCCAAAACUGGUUAAGGGUGACACAUUUUUAUCUCUAAAAAUAUAUCCAAGUGGGAUAAUGUAAAUAUUGCUUUCUGAUGAGAUUGGCAGUUGGCAGAAAUGGUAGCCAAAGAUGACAUACCUCAAAAAUCUGCAUGGGUUGUCUUUUUAUUAACAAAGCAAACCCUAUUUGAUCUAAAGAACUGUUCUCACACAGUUUCUCAGUCAUGCUUGUUGAUACUUUGGUGCUAGUUGAAAAGUAAUUGAAAUGGGACUGCUGUUAAAAUGCCAUAUUUAUAACUGCUAUUAACUCAACUUGCGCAUAUUACAACGUAGCCAAGUUGGUAAAUGGGGAAAGUUGCUGAGCCUUGGCAGGCCACUGUGUCCAUUAGGUAAAUAUGAUUUUCCACCCAUUGGAAUGCACUGCAGUUACGUUUCACUGGGAAUCACUUUGUAUCCAACCUCCAUGAGGACGGAUCCUUUCUCCCUUCAAAACUGCUCUGAAUGGAAAUUAGUGUUUGUUUCUGAAAUCUGCCAUCGUCAUGUCUAAACAGCGCAGUGCACCAAUAUUUUUAACAUAAUGUUCAAUGUAAGUCUAUGCAACAUUAUAUUACUAAACUCUGCAUAGUGGUAUUCCAUUUAAGUAUCUUAAUGUUCAUAUACAUGCAUUUUUCAGUGCUUUUUCUACAUCGACUGGGUCCCUUUUUAACCUCUUUCUGGAAUGUUUCUGAGAGUGGUAUUAUUCAACAGUAACAACAUAGUCUUUAUUGCAUCUGCCCAUCAGUGCUGUACAGGGCCAAUUUUGCCACAGUGUGACCAAGCAGCUGAAAGCCUCACUGCCCACACGAGUGAUUUCCCUACCUUAGCUUACCAGAUAUCAUGUGGCUGGCAGGUGGAGUCUUCCCACUAGUAACCCACCCUAUAAAAGCAAACCCUUCUGUCGGUUUUGUUGACUUUUUAUAUGAAGCAAUCCUCCUGCAAACAGUAGACUUAAACAUUCCCCCCCUAUUUUACAAAGCAACAGUGAAAAUGUAGUUGAGGUAGUUUUUGUAACUGAUCACAUUUAAAUACCUUGAACUUUAAAAUGGCAGCUUUUCAGCAUAAUCGCUCCCACUGCAGAUUUAACCAAUUUACACUGAAGAUUUAGUUCAUUGACACUGCAGAUUUAGUCCAUUUACACUGCAACUUCAGUCUAUUCACAAUACAAAGUUAGCCCUCUAAAAUGCAGAUUUAGUCACUUUACACUGCAGAUUUAGUCAAUAAAUACUGUACGUGUCAUAUAUGUACAGUGCAGAUUUAAUUCAUGUACAAUACAGAAUUGGUACAGAUUUUGUCCAAAUAUAUGAAAGAUUGAGUGCAUUUACUUUCCAGAUGGAAUCCAUUUACCAAACAGAUUUAAUUCAUUUACAGUGGAGGUUUGAUACAUUUACAAUGCAGAAUUAGUUAAUUUAUACAUUUAGUCCAUUUAGAACCGUGAUGCAUUCCACUUAGUUAUGUCCAUUCAGAUAAACUCAACUACCAUGCCAAUGAAGUAAUGUUUGCAUAGAUCAACAACUUUCUAAUAUAUGAACCAAAUGUCUAAAUCAGAUUGUAUUGAAAUGAAGGAUGUUUCACAAGCUGAAUAAACUUAAUACUUUUUUGUAAAUGUC